AUGAAACUUGUAUUAGCAAGAAAGAUCAACGGAAAGAAAGGAUGGCAUAUUACAAAUCAUUCUUGUCACCGUAUAGCAAUUCAACUUCUAAGAAAUAAUGAGCUUUCUGAAUCGGAUCUUUUGGCUUUUUCUAGCUAUUGUUCCCGUGAAAGCUUAGCUGAUUAUUAUGAGUAUGAUAAUUAUAAAAGCUCACCCGUAAUAGAGAAAUAUCAAGAAGGUUUAACUGAAGUAACCGAGGCCUUGAAAGUAGCUGAAAUGAACCCAAAAGUAACUAAAGAUCCAAAAUUAGCUAAAGUAGUUAAAAAUCAUCAAAAAGCGAAGCUAAUCUCUAAGCCAAAAUCUUAUGACAAAAAAAAUGCAUCAGUAAUGGCCCCUUUCAAACUACCUGUUAAACCUAAUUCUCCACUUUUCAAUUCAUAUGGCAAGAAAAAAAGAAGUCUCUCUGACAUCAGUAAUAACAUUAUUAUUAAACUUCCCACAAGUAUUUUGCCACAGACUUACAAUUUGAACAUUAAUUUAAAACUUUCAUAG